UUUUCACUUCUUCUCUCUUUGUUUUCAAUCAAACUCUUGUAAGCAGGAGACCAUCACUCGGAAAAGGGGUGAAGAGCAGGAAGACCGGCUGUCAUGUCACUAGUCCCUGCCCCCCUCAGCACUGGACGUUUGGGACCGGAGGCGCUCCUGAAUGAGAUCCACACCAAUCUGCUGGAGUGCAAAGUAUGCUUUGAGAAGUUCAGCGGGCAGCAGAGGGAGCGCAGGCCUCGGAACCUCCCCUGCGGUCAUGUACUCUGUCUGGAGUGCCUCACCCUGCUCUCCCACCCCCUUCUGCACAAACUGGAGUGCCCCUUCUGCAGGCAGCUGUGCAGCGUGUCUGACACCUCCGACUGCCUGCCCCUUUUCGACCUGUCAGAGCUGCUGGUGUGCGGUAGCCCCAGGCCUGCUGUCCCGCACAGGGUGAGUGGAAGCAUUGGCCAGGUUGGGGGGCUGGAGUCCGGGACACUGCAGUUGCACUCUGCCUUCGGGGGCUGGGGGAACCUGGUCAACCCCACAGGGCUGGCCGUGUUUGGGUCUUCAGGGGCGGUGGCAGUGGUGCAUGACAGCGACAGGAGGGUAGCAAUCUUCAGUCCCCAGGGGAGGCGGCUGCACAAGUUUGGACACAGAGGCCACGCCCCUGCUGAAAUCUGCCACCCUCUCGAUGUCGCAGUGGCACCCAGUGGGCAUGUGAUCAUAACGGAUGCGGGUGACAGCUCUGUGAAGGUGUUCACCUCCAGGGGGCGCAGUGUGGUGACCAUCCGGGACUCAUUCAAGCUGCCCUGGGGUGUGGAGGUGGAUGGAUGUGGGCACAUCUUGGUGACGGAUGCCCAGGCGGGCACACUGUCAGAAGUGGUGGUGGACUUUGCCCACUCCCUUACAGUGCUGAACAGACUAGUUAGCACUGACCUGCAGUGCCCCAGGUCAGUGGCCUCGUGCCGGGUCACUGGGAACGUUGCUGUGGUGGAGCACACUGGAGGCCUGGCAGAAAGAGGAACUGGCAGUGACUGUGCACAGAUCACUAUAUUCAACAGUGAGCUCACCCUCCUCACGAAGAUUGACACCUUUGGCCUCAUGCUUGUUUCCCCAGUGAGGCUAUGCAUCUCUGCUGUGGCUUUUGAUAGAGAGGGAUAUGUGAUUGCGGCAGAUGUGGGGCAGGGGAUGAUUUGGAGUUUGGGGAAGCCCCAGAAUCCCCCAGUCCUGACCCCACUGAUCAGUCGUGGAAUGGUACGUCCUAUGGGUCUUGUAGCCACUGCUCAAAACAUGUUGCUUGUCCUGGACAGUGGCGAUCACUCUGUGAAGUUGUAUGUGGCCAAUUCAGACCUCAGUAAAACACAGUCGUGAUACCGCUGGUUCACAUACCCUUAUCUGAUGAACUGAAAUUAAAUACGACAAAACAAUACUGUAUUGAAAAUCCCCCAUUUACUUUUGGGGGAAAAGAUAAACAUAAAAAAAGACAGUCUUCAUUACUACUUCUCUCUGUGUCAUCCAUUGUAUCGAAAUCCAUAAUUCUACUCUUUUACCAAAAUUGCGAAUUAAAUGUGAUUGUUAUUUGUCAUGUCAAUGGUGAGAGGAUUGAGGCAAUAAAUAUAUGUUCUGUACAAUG